UGCGCGACAGCAUUUAAUCUUCUAUCUAGUUGACUUGCAAUACCUUUUUGGCAGCAAAGUGUUCACAAAGAAGUGGUUGUUUAGGACAUUUCACGAAUCUGUUGUCACUCGAAGAACACUUCAGACGGUACUUGUUUGCUUUUUUUUUCUUGUCAAAAAGUUACUCGGGUGAGUUUAUUUGGUGUCAAAAGGUAGGAAGGGAAGCUAGUUCCGCCUUGCUUUCUCUCUGAAUGGAUCGCAGCGACAAGUGUCAAAAGUAACAAGGGGUCAACGGGAUACAGGAAAAACACGUCUCCUGACUUUGACAGUGGAAGGAGUCCCCGAAUUACUUUGCUGCCAAGUCACAGACAAACUGCAAGGACACUGUUUCUGGGGAGGAUUUUAUCAGUGAUCAAUGAGCGUCAAUAGAGGAGCUGCCCGCUGCUGAGUUUUUACACUGUGAUGGAAAAUCCUGAUGAUGAGGUCGACCUGCAACACAACACAGCACGGAGUGAGGAAGGAAACUCUGGUAGAGGAUCCCCUCCUCCGAAAAGCAAAGGCAAAUUUUCCAAGAUGGGACGGAUCUUCAAGCCCUGGAAAUGGAGGAAGAAGAAGCAAAGUGAAAAGUUUGCUGAAACAUCAAUAGCCUUAGAAAGAAAGAUUUCUGUUAGAAAGAGUCGCCAAGAGCUGAUUUCUAGAGGGGUUCUAAAGGAUAUCCCAGAAAACGAGAGCAAUGAUGUAAACCACUCCAAAGCUCCACCAGUGAAAAAUGGACACCCUGUGCCAAUGGACGUUGACAGAUUGUCGGAAGCAGGAACACGAGUGUCUCGAGGGGAAUCUGACAUCAAGGGGAAUCCCCUCAAGCUGCCCCUAGUAGAUGAACGUCGAAGCAGAGCACCAUCUGAUGCCUCCCGAAGUAACCGAGCACCAUUGGAUGUGGACUCUCACGCACGGCUUUCUGUGGACCCAGACAGGAGAAGCCGUCUGCCAUCAGAUGUUGAUAAAAGAGCUGGGUCCUUACCAAGAGGACCUCCACAAGAGGAUCGAUACCGCAGGGAAGAGAGGCGGGAUACCAGAGAUGACAGGGAGGACAGUCGAAGGAAGAACAGGGAAGACGUGGAAAGAAGAGACUUGCGAGAGGACAGGGAAAGGGAUGGUGGAGUUGAUCGAAGGGAAGACAGAGACUUCAGAGAAAGGCGUGAAUGGAAAGAUGACAGAGAGAGGAGAGAUGGAAAAACAGAGAAAGAAAACAGAGAAAGGAGGGAUGGUGAUGACAGGGAUAGGAAGGAUAGGGGCGAGAGGGAGCGUAGAGACCGGGACGAACGGGAGGUUAGAGAACGAGCCGAGAGGGAGCGCAGAGAUCGAGAUGACAGGGAAAGAAGAGACAGGGGGGAUGACAGGGAAAGAAGAGACAGGGGGGAUGACAGGGAUCGAAGGCUUGAGAGGGAAAGGAGAGAAGAGCGAGAAAGGGAAGACAGGGAGAGAAAAGAUGUACGAGGAGAUAGAGAUGAUGGGGAUAGGAGGGAUGAUCGAGACAGGCGGGAUGAUCGAGACAGGCGAGAAGAAAAAGAGAGGAGAGAGGACAGGGACAAACGGGAAGACUGGACCAAGAGAGAUGAAAGAGAGCGACGAGACGAGCGGGAAAAGAGGGACGAGAAGGACAGGAGAGAAAAGCCUGAGCCUCUACGGUCUGUGGCCGACUCUCAGCCUCUUGCCAGGCCAGUUUCUGAGAUUGACCUGCGGCCUCCUCUACAGAAAAGCUCAUCCGAAGAGAGCAAGAAGGUGCGUCCAGCUUCAGAGUCUGACAAGAGGACUACCCUGCCCAGAUACAUACCAGCCGCAGAGUUCAGAGAGCGCUCAGAGUCUGCCGGUGUCCGCUUCACCCCUGACCCUCAUCCAUCACAAGACUCCAAGCAGGAACCUCCCCCACCCAAACAGGCCCUGCUUCCCCCUAAGCUUCUCACCGCUUCCUCCAAUGAGUCCGGCAGGAGUCCAACCCCAUCCUCUUCUUCCUCAUCCUCCUCCACCUCCUCUGCUUCCUCCUCUGCCGCUGUAGCUGUGGCAAAGCCGCCAAGGACAGUCUCCCUUAUAGUUGACGAGCCACCUCGACCCCCCCACGCUGCUCCCUCCUCAGCUGACUCUGACACACCGCCCCCUGUUCCUCCUCACGCUAAGCAGCCUCCCGUCCCUCCACCCAAACCCUCCAACCGCAACAGCAACCCUGCACUGCUUGCCUCCUCAUUGAACAGGGGCUCUAGGGUCAGGCAGCCUUGUUACUGGACCAGCUGGAGACGCCAGAGCGAGCUCGGCCUCUACCUCUCUUUACCUGUGUACAUGCGGCACAGGGCCUGCCAGACCUGUUCAGCAGAACUUUCCCAGGCUGGCAGUGGUGUCAUCAUAGUGCCAGCGCCAGAAAAGCGCUCUCCACCAACACCACCCAAGAGGAUGACCCCCGUAACCAAGCGCCAUUCUGUGGACCCUUCUCCUCCAAGCCAAGCAUCAGAGUCUCCCACCACUGAUCCAGCCUCUGCACCUUUCCAGACGCCCCCUACAGUCCAGAUAGGGGAGAACAGCGAAGACAAGACCAACACUGCAGCUCUUCAGGCCUUCAUUGAGUCUCUGCCUUCCCCACCAUCCCACAUACCUCCGUCUCCUCCAAGAGUUCAGUCACUGCAGCCGCCCAACUCCUCCUCUUCUUCUGGUCCUGUGCCCACUAUUCAAGAGGAUCCACCCAGCACCACCGCCGAGCCUCCGAGCCAGCCUCCAUCCAUCCCCCUACACAUCCUCAUCCAGAGAGCGUUAGCCAGCCCUGGUCAAGCUCAGCCCAACCCCGAAGGAUCCAAGAGGGCUCACUCACUAUUGUUCGAAUCUCCUCCCGAGUUCCUCACUGAGGCGGGGGUUCCCUCGCGCCUCUCUCUCCCCAUCACCAUCGAACCUCUCAGGCUGCCAGAAGACGAUGACUUUGACAUGGAGGAGGAGAUGAGGAAGCUACAUCCUCAGAGGCCGUCUCGUCAGGCAGAGCUGGAGCCCCGCUGCAGGAAGGGGUUAGUUGUAGACUCCAGAGUGAGUGUAAUCCACGAGGGUGGAGGUCCAGGGGACAGCGAGGAAGAGUCGGACUCCGACGGCCCCAUCCUGUACAGAGAUACAGACGAAGAUGAUGAUGAUGAGGACGCUCCAACGGGUGGGCUGGCGAGCCGAGUCAAGAGGAAGGACACAUUGGCCCUGAAGCUGGAGAGACAGGAGAGGGAGGAGAGAGACACCCAGGAGAACCACGACGGCACGAGCUGGCACAACAGGGAGCAGUGGUUGGCGCUGAGGAACAAGAUCGGCACCACACUGAAUCGGCGGCUCAGUCAGAGACCGUCGGCGGAGGAGCUGGAGCAGAGGAACAUCCUUCUAGCCAAGAACGAAGCAGAUCGGCGAUUAGAGAGAUGUGAGAUCAAACGGAGGCUCACGAGAAAGCUUUCCCAGAGACCCACUGUGGCUGAACUUCAGGAGAGGAAGAUCCUGCGCUUCCACGAGUACGUAGAGAGCACCCACGCCCACGACUACGACCGGCGAGCGGACAAACCAUGGACCAAGCUGACUCCUGCUGACAAGGCCGCCAUCCGUAAGGAGCUCAAUGAAUUCAAGAGUUCAGAGAUGGAGGUUCACGAGGCAAGCAGGAUCUAUACUCGGUUCCACCGGCCUUAGCCGCCCAUGCUGACCAGUAAAGCACUUAGACCGGGGUGCAAUUCCCACUCUUCCAAGUAUGAACUGAACAUGUGACUUAUUUGGUCCCUUUCAAACUGACGCCUACUAACCCUGCAUCAGCUGACGACGCCACUGUUGCUCAUAACUGGAACCAAAGUGAAAUAAAAAAAGAAGACACCACUAAUGAGUUCACAGACAAACUGCAGGUCGGGAGGGGUUGGUUGUUGGUGCGACUAUGAUGGAGGUACAUGCUGCCAACAGUAAAAGAUUAAGAAAUCCUCCUCCUCCUGCUCCUCCUCGUCCUCUGCUGGGACGGGAGAAAUAGUUUGCUUGAGCUGGAAUGAUGGAGAGUUAUCACACUGUGUCCCGCAAGGGAAAACACUUACUGCGCCUUUACCUGCCUUCACCUUAGAUUUUCUAUGAGACUGUGCACGUACAGUACAGAGAAGACUGUUAGUUCUAACACUGUCAGUGGUACCAUCAAACUAGAGUUUAUACAAUUUUCUUUUAAUAUAUAUAUAAAAGGUACCACAGAGGUCCAUGUUAAGGUGCCAUGCAGCACCCGCCUUACUCCUCACAGGAUCUCACCCUUCAUUUAAAGUUCAGACAAAAUGUGAAAGACACGCGUGCAGCAGUGUGUGUUUCUUAUUUAAUAACCACUUAUAGUUCUAUUAGCAUCAUAAUUUGACCUCUGUUUGGAAACCGCAGAUCGCUGAUUCUAACUUAAUAUGAAAAUUGUGCAUUUUACUGUAUUUUUGUAGAUCUAUUAAUCGAUUCUCACUGAGCACAUAUCACUAGAUCAUCUUCUAAUAAGGCACCUUCUGUUCCUUCAUUGGCCGUGUAGAAAACUACGAGUUUUGAGCCUUUAAUUCUAUGUUUAUAAUUGAAUUAUCCAAGCAGGAAAAUGUACAUAUUUUUAUUUUCCUGCCUCUUUUAUGGUACUUUAUAAAGGCUGCAGUUGUAUAGAUAAUUCAUGUAGAUUUGAUUGACUUUAUAUUGUACAUCCACAGUAAUGCUGACAUAUUUUAAUUGUAAAGUAUUUCUCAAAUGUUCUUUCCGACUAGUAAUGGUACAAAAUAUUAUUUUCUUUUUUUUUUUUUAUACAGAGAUCUUUAAAAUGUUUUUUUUUUUUCUCAAGCCACACUGUACAAAUGAACAAUCAACUCAGAAAUUAAAACAACCUGUGAUUUUCA